AUGGAAGUUAUACAGGCUGAUUUAUGUUAUAUGCCACAUGAUCGAGUUGGAAACAAGAUAUAUAAAUAUGCUCUUAAUUGUGUAGAUAUAGCAAGUCGAACUAAGUGGACUUAUCCUUUGACUGAUCGAGAUUCUGCUAGUGUUGCUAAAGGAUUUUUAAAACUUUAUAAAUUUCAUAAUUUUCCUCUUACACAACUAAAGAUAUUGCAAACAGAUUAUGGUUCUGAAUUUUACGGAAAAUGUGAAAAGUUAAUGAUUAAGUAUAAUAUAGAAAUUAGUAGAAGCAAAUCAAAAAAAAGACAAGGUAUAGUUGAAAGAUAUAAUCGAACUUUACAGGAGUGGUCAUUCUAUAUUCAAGAUGGUGUAGAGUUGUUAUUACCUCCAAUGGAACGUUGUAGAGCUUGGGUGAAUGAUCUUCCUAUAUUUCUUGAAAAGAUAGAUAAUACUAAAACCCGAUUAAUUGGUAUGUCUCCUGCUGAAGCUCGAAAAUUAAAACAUGAUAAUCCAGAAUUACAAUUUGAAUGGCUUGAAACAAUUCAAAAAACAAAAUCUGACGCCAGUCGAGGAUAUUUUGUAAAUAUAAAAGCGCAUUUUCCUAUAGGUACUCAUGAUAAACUUAAGGAUUUGCCACCAGCAGUUGAAAAUAUUGCAGUAAAACAUGAUUGGCUUAGUUAUCAUAAUAAAGAGCAAAUAAAAAAAUUAGAUAAUAAUCGAUUUUCAUCAACAAAGAAAUUAGUUACUCAUCUUGGCCCAAGGGAUAAUUACGUUAUACAUUAUCUAGAGCUUCAAUAUUAUGUAAAAUUGGGUUUAGUUAUAGAUGAAUUAGGUCCCACACUUAAAAGACGGACUGUAGCCGUGCAUAAUGUAAAUGUCUCCAGAUAUCAUUCAGACAAUGGAAGCGAUAUAAGAAAAAUGCUAGAGAGUCAAAGAAAGCCAUUUCGGGAUUUACUUGAAAAAGAAUUUGAUAAGCGCGGACAAAGACAAAAAUAG